AGAAAAAUGCCGUCUGCAAAGUACUGGCUAAGCGGCUUUGGGUGGUCAGAGGGCAAGUCUCACGUUUUGUCAGUGAAUCCAUACUUCGUUUUUCUCGGUGAAUUCCGAAAGAAUCUUAAAAGACGGGACAUUCUCAACCUAAAGCCGACUUCCGUAGCCAAAAUUACUGGCAAAAAGUGGCGGGAAAUGACUCCAGCUCAAAAGUCGGUGUAUAUAGAAAAAGCCAAGAUUAAUCAGGCUAAGAUUAAGAUCUCAAAACGGGAAGUCUGCAAAUUGAUCAGGCUAAACAGUGCCCGUCUUAGAGGAAUCAACAUUUAACCACAAAAUUUUUAAAUAAUAAAUCAAAUCAAUCCCUAAAUUUAUUUCAAAUUUCCUUCAACGCUUUCCAACACCUUGAAGGCACACAAACAAACUUUUCGAUUCUAUUACAAGUGUUGGAAAAUCUCGAUUGCGUUGCUCUUCAGCUGUUGUCAAAGUGUUGGAAAGGGUAUAACGUGGUCUGUGGCCUACCGAAAAGUAUUUUGUGAAAUAAAACAUGAGUUCUGGCUUUGUCACUGAAGCUGAGGCUGCCGAGCAAAGGCAGAGACGUCAGGAGGAAUGGGAGCGUGUUCGUCAACCGGAUGAUCCAGUCGAACGACCCGAGGAGCCGUAUGACGCACGCUCACUGUACGAACGCCUGAAAGAGAAUAAGGACAAGAAGGACAUGGAGUACGAGGAGGCCCACAAGUUAAAGAACCUGAUACGUGGUCUGGACGAUGACGAGGUGCAGUUCCUGGAGCUGGUCGAUGCCCACAAAAUGAAUGCGGAGCGUCAACAAAUGCGUGAUGAGGAGCUGGAACUAAGGGACUUCCGCAAUCGCGUUGAAAAGUUGCAGGAGGAGAGCGUCGACAAGAAACUGCAGGCGGAGCUCAAGACCACGGCCAAAUCCGCAGGAGCCCCCGUGGUGGGCCGCAGCACUCAGAAGUCGCUGCUUGGCCAGGGCAUCAAGCGGAAAAACGGGGAAUUACCCACAACCAGCAAGAUGGCCAAGACAACCGAGGAGGCGAAGGAGCCGGAGGAGAAGACUGCACCCACAUCGACGCCCAAUACUCUGAUCACAAACAAAUAUAACACAGGGGCUCUGAAGUGCAUCGGCCUGUUGCCAGGCAUCGGAUCUUACACGGAGUCCAGCGACUCGGAGGCCAGCACGGACGAUGAUGAGCACGGAUCGUGCACCCGCACAGAUCUGUGUGGCCGUAAAAUACUAAAGAAGAAACAGUGCGCCGAGUAGGAUCAAACAGUUUACUUGGAUUCUUAAUAUGUAAUUUCUCUUUCCUUGCAACAGAAUAUAGCCUAGAGUGUAAACGUA